ACAUCUGUCUCAAAAUAAGAAUUAUCUUUAUCUGUGGCAUCCUGGCAGGUCAAAUUUGUCAAAGUAGUAGGCACAUUGAAAAAACGUAGAAUUUUUGUAUUUAAUUAGUUUUAUUAUUCCUUGUGCAUUAUUUAAAUUAAGCGAUUUACUGCAUCGUUACUGCUGCUUCUACAAUGGAGCUACAUAUUUGAAGGAGCUGCUAUAUUCUAUGGAAUACACUUGCAUACAAAAGAGGCCAACCAACAGUUGACAGAAUUAGCUGUUGAGAAGUAUGUAUAGAAAUGAAGAGAGACGGUAGCAACCGUAACGGCUCGGAGCGGGGCUCGGACAGGCCGGGGGACAAGGACAGUGACCCCCUGAUUGUCUCGUCCACUAUCUCUGAGGAGCCCAAGCCAUUGUGCGGACUGUGCCCGAUGUUCCCGUCGUGCAUGUCGCUGCUGUCGCGGCGCGCGGAGCAGCAGGCGCCGCGGCCCGGGCAGACCGCCGUAGUUCUGAAUGUGUACGACAUGUAUUGGACCAACUGGUACACAGCUGGUGCUGGGGUGGGAGUAUUCCACAGUGGAGUCCAAGUGCACGGUUCAGAAUGGGCGUACGGCGGGCACCCUUACGCCUUCACCGGCGUGUUCGAGAUAUCGCCGCGGGACGAGAGGGAACUCGGCGAACAGUUCCGGUUCCGGCAAAGUGUGCACAUAGGAUAUACAAGUUUCAGCGAAGAAGAAGUCAGACGACUUGUGGCGGAAUUAGGGAAACAAUUUCGAGGUGACAGAUACCACCUCAUGAACAACAAUUGUAAUCACUUCACAUCGGCGUUCUGUUUGGCGCUCUGCGACAAACCGAUCCCGGCGUGGGUGAACCGACUGGCGUAUGUCAGCUCGUGCGUUCCUUUCCUGCAGCGGUGUCUACCCAAAGAGUGGCUGACGCCGGCCGCCCUGCAGCACUCCCUGGCCGCGCAUUCGCGUUCCUCCUCGCCCAACACGCCGCAAUAGCACAUGCCGUGGUGCGCGGCGAACGCGGAUCGAGGCUAGCAGAGCCCAUCGCGUUGUCAAAGGCAUCGUACGAUACUGUUAACUCAUCUCCAUGUUGUUAAUACUAGAUUUAUACAAGUAUACUGUAGUCCAGUCACCGCUAGUUAACGUGUUUUAAAAUAAAACAGAAAGCAUCAAAUUGGUUGUCCGUUUAAGAGCUACGCUGCCACAGGCAGACACACACAUAGCGGUCAAACUUAUCCUCCUAAGGCACUGGUCCCACCGCGAGCUAGUAAGCUAUGAGCUAUCGGCUAUAAACACGAACAAAAGAUAAGCACUCCCGUGUAAAUAAAAGAGACACGGCGAUAUUUAUAGUUACUCGCCCAGCCUAAGGCCCGAGAUCCUACUUAUACCUAUAGUUCGUUUUUUUAGCAUUAGAAAGAACUUGCAAGGUAAGCGAUCUUGACAUGUCUAUUAAUUGAAAAACGCUCUUUAACCCUUUGACCGCCGUUGGCAUGUAUACAAGACAACGAUAGAACGAUACACUGGCGCCGCUGUCUUGUAUACAAGACACAAAUUCAACCGCUCGGUAAAUGUGAAAAAACAUCAAUUGUAGCAUUUUUUACACUCGUGUUAAUGUUUUAGGUCUUUGAUUUUUAAAAUAAUUGCAUUCAAAGCAGAUAAAUAAAUCCAUUCUUUUAUAAUAAGGCAAUCAAAAAAAUUGCUCCAGUUUUCAACGUUUUUCAUGUUCCUCGUCGCCGUUGUCUUGUAUACAAGACAGCUAGGGAUGGGAAUGUUAACUCGAUAUGAGAAUAUUAGAGAUGCAACGGAUAGUUGUUUGGCCGGAUACCGGACCAUCGGCCGAAUAUCCGGUAUCCGGUCGCCGAAUAUUAGGACAGCGGAGCUGCACCUACAUUUCGGUUUUUCAGGUGCGCAUUCUGCAGUUUUAACCUGUUUCUAAGUGAACGUUCGCGCGGACACAUUUCUAGGUUCGAAAUGAGUGCGGGUGCAAGUCAGUGGAAUCUCUAAAUUGUUUUAAAAUAAUAAAUAAGUACGAUUAUGACCAUGACUGUUUCUUAAAUCCAAUUUUUUUACUCCGAAAUCAAGCAAUGGUACUGUCCGGUAUCCGGCCGGAUAAUAGGGCACUAUCCGGUAUCCGGCCGGAUAUUAAAAUACAGGCCUGAUAGGCCGGAUACCGGAUAGUAACCGAAUAUCCGGCGCAUCUCUAGAGAAUAUUCAAAAUAAACAUCAAGUGGCCAAUCUGGUUUUAUUUAAGCAUUUGAACACCUGUUAAAUGCCAAUUGGUGAUAACUAGUAACUAGAAUACGUUAAACGAGAGAGAGACAGGCAUAACUAUAGCUGGAGUUCAGGGAACUUGUUCAGCUGUCCAUAGUAGAGUCAGAUAAGUAAAUCUGUCCUUGUGGUCUAUUUGCAGAACAAAUGAUUCAUUUUGAGAUGAUAGUGUAGUGGGGAGUGAUACCCUGCAGUGACCGCUUCGCACAAGAAUGGUACCUACAGGCGGACGCUCGGACUAGUCAGUGUCGCCUAUCUAUGAGAAUGUUAUGUAUUUGAAAUUGACGAAAAAUUAUUAUGGUAGGGGUGUAAUACGGGAACUGACAAGCUCUUCUAAGGAACAUGUCGAAUGUGAAACAUGCAUUCCCGAACAUUUCUGAUCCCCACCCUUUUCCAAUAUUAUUGUUCUUCACUCAUUGACAAUUCAACCCACGUGUCAUUUUCCCCAAUGCAGUUCCGGUACAUUUAUAUUAUCGACACACGAUGCGCGGCUCUAACCUAACGCUUAUAAAGUUUACGUACCGACAAGCGCUUACGCCGUUGACCUAGAGACUAUUAUUACUUAAUCCGCGCGGAAACGGUCCUUGUCGGUCUGCACUGCGGGCAGUCCAUGCGCGCCGUUGUCAUGUAUACAAGACUUCUCGUAGAGCCUAGUGCGGUGAUAUUACGUCAUAAAUCGAUAUUGUUUAGUGGUUGUUUUUAAUGAUAAAGACCUUUAUUUUUAACAUUGUCGUGUGUAAAAAAUAUGUUAAUUUUUGGCAUUCUCGAAAUAAAUUAAAGUUGGUUAAGAACAAAGCCAAAUUGAGAAGAUUUUUACCAUAAAUUGUAAAUAUCGAUAUCACAAUUUGCAAUCCCUAAACUUUUUAUUACUUGUUUACUUAAAAUUUACUCUGGCGUGUGAGUGAGCGUCUUUGCGGACUAGGUCCGGCGGCCAAAAGGUUAAAAAUCAAAAACUAUUACUUAUGAAAGCAGAAGAAUAUAAAUGAUCGUGUUAGAUUUAUAAUUUUUGCAUAUUUGCCAUUACUUAUUUUUAAAAUGUGUUUCUCAAUUAAAAGACACAUCAAGAUUGUUUACCUUAUUUCUAAUGCUAAAAAAAACGAAUUAUAGUACCUCCUCGGUUCGAUGUUUAAAUCCUAUUUUGAAACAGAGUCGCUUUUCAUUUGUUUCGUUCAAUAUUCCAACAACGCAAAAUCAACUCUAUUUUCUACACUAUAGGUUCAAAUUUCAGUGGCAAAUUAUGGAUUUUUCAUUUAUACUGUUGGGCCUCAGGAGGUUAUAACACCCCUCUUUUUGCGUCGGGAGCUAAAAUAAUAUUAACAUUUCUUACGGGUGAAUUGUAUAAAA